GAGCUGCGGAUCAGCGGAUGCUAAUCGAUCUCAGAGCUGUAGAUCAGCGGACACACGUGCCGCUUCCUCUCGUGUUUUGACGUGAUUAUAUCGCUGUAUUUACACUAGACUCACGUCAUGAGGCCCGAGAUGAAACGCGCUGCGCUUUAGUUAUUCGAGAACAUGAUUAUAUGUGGAUCAGAGUUUCCAGGGAAGAGGAACUGAAGAACAUCUUCAUCAUCAACAGUGGAUAAACAGAUGAGAUGAAGAGUGAAACUCGACCAGCUGAAGGACAGAUGGACUCCUCUUCAUCCUCCUCAUCCUCGAGCUGUAAGAGGAAGGCAGAGGACAGUCUGCAGUCAGACUCGAGAGAGAAGAGCGAGAGACUGGAGCUCAGCUCACAGAAGGUGCUGUCGGUGAAGGACGUGUGUGAUCUGAUGCACUACAUCACUCUCAGACGCUCACACAGCGUGAGGAAGCCCAGCUGGUGCGGUCUGGGUGAUAAGCGAGUGUCCCGUGUGAACGUGAUGGUCCUGGAUGGACUCACACAGAGUCACUUCUACAGAUACUUCAGUCUCUUCAGACACCUGAGGAACAAGUACAGCGCAAGAUGGACUCUGGCGCCCUCUUCUGGUGACCUGCUGACCUCUGACCUCCUCAGCGCUGAGGUCACGGUGUGUGACAGAGCAGCAGAGUCGCACGCAGUGCUUCCAGCUGUGCUGAGGUGGCAUCCUGUGAUUCGCCGCUUCGGGCUGAGCACCGCCGGGCUGACCCACUUCCUGCUGACCCAACAGGAAAUGAUCAAACAGAAGUAUCCUGUGAAGGGUGGGGAGGGCUGUGAGGGGUUCGUGUGUACGGUGAGUGACAGCUGCGUGACGGACAGCAGCCCUCUGUUCGGUCUGGACUGUGAGAUGUGUCUGACGUGUGAGGGGUUAGAGGUCACGCGUGUGGCUCUGGUGGACUGCAGUGGACGCUGUGUGCUGGACGAGCUCGUCAAACCACCAAACCCCAUCAUCGACUACUGCACCAGGUUCUCUGGGAUCACACCAGCGCUCCUCGCUCCCGUCUCCACUCGUCUGGCAGAUGUGCGGUCCAGACUGCUGCAGCUGCUGCCGCCGGACGCUGUGCUGGUCGGUCACUCUCUGGACGGAGACCUGCGCGCUUUACACCUGGUUCAUCCUCACGUCAUCGACACGUCUCUGCUGUACCGGCAGGAGUUCGGCCGCAGGUUCAAGCUCAAACACCUGGCUCAGGUCCUUCUGAAGCGGGAGAUCCAGUCCGAGGUCAGGAUAGGUCACGACCCCUGUGAGGACGCGCUGGCCGCUCUUCAUCUGGCUCAGUACUUCAUGAGGAAGGGACCCAGAGAGGUGGUUGAGGAUCAUCUGGAGGAUCUGUGGGGUCUGGAGUGUCCUGAGGAUGAUGACUCUGAUCAUGUGACCUCGUCCAGUCGUCCCAGCAGCCCUCUCCGCUUUGGCCACGCCCUCAGCAGAUCCGGCCAAUCAGCAGUGUUCCUGGGCGGAUCGGUGGAGAAGAGAGGCUCACUGUCCAAUCAGCAGUGCAGGAGACACCAGUGCUCCAGUGACAGAGAGGUGGUGUGUGUGUACAGACGGGUGGUUCAGUCCUACACACUCAGUGUUCUUCAUUUCUCAUCAUUCAGAAACAUACUGAAUCAGACCGCAGCGAUGGGACCACACCUUCAGCAGGUGUGUGAGCGUCUGCAGCAGAUGUGUGUGCUGUAUGUCGGCCCGCUGCCAUCUGACACCACAGAGACUCUCGUACACAGACUCCUGAAGCGCUGCGGACGACUGCGGAUCACACGACUGCUGCACUACACACACGAGGUUCAUGCGGAGGUAGUGUUUGAGCAUCUUGAAGGAGCUCAGCUCGCUCUAGAACAUCUGAAUGGACUCCAGAUCAACGGCUGCAUCAUCAAGGCGCGGCGUCCCGUACACGAGCUGUGUCUGGAUCUGGACCAGCGUCUCUCUGAGCGUCAGAACGAUCCUCUCAACGCUCACCUCAUCUACGUGAGUAAUCUGUCUUCCAAACCGCAUCGCCGUGAAGACCAGCUCCUGACCUUCAGACAGUUCGGCCCUGUUCAGAGCGUCACGAGCGCCGCAGAGCAUGCUGGGAAACGCAGCAGACACGCCUUCAUCAGGUUCGAGUGCGCUGACAGCGCUCAGGCCGCGGUGGGCGUCGGCCUCCAGAUCGGAAACAGGAAGCUGUCAGUGUGUCACGCUCUGACUCCGCCCCACAUGACAUCAUGGACACGCCCCAUUACCACAGAAACCAGCGCAGACACGGCAGAGCAGGGGGAGGAGUCUGACGAGCGACUGCUGGAGCGGCAGAUGAAGAAACUGGAUGCUAGAGUGGGGAAAGUGUUCAGAGCGCUGGAGGAAAACUGCCUGAGCGUCGUGAUCCUGCCCGGACACAGGAGCGACGGCGUCGAUCAUCCCGGCCUCUGCUUCAUUCACAUCAAACAGAGCACCUAACAAACACCUGAGUGCCUCCUCUGACUCCGCCCAGCUGAUCUGUGAUUGGCUGACCUGACACACACACAUUUCUACCAAUGUUUUUACCGCACAAGCUUUUUCUUACAUGAGAGCAGGCUUUUAAUGUAUUUAAACAGUGUUCAGAGUAAACUGGACUGAAGUGUG